UCCUCUCCACCCCUCCCACCCUUCGUCUUCCUCCACUAAUAAAAAAUAACUCACCUCUCCAUUUUCCUCUCUACUUUGUUGUCACCCACCUCUCUAAUUGAUUCCUUUCCUUGUUUCCAUCUCAUCUCUCUCUAGACUUUCUCUGUCCUCCUUUUUCUCUCAGUCGUCUCUCUGCCUUGUCGCUGCAAAAGGUUUUCUUUCUUACGAGAAGAAUGGAGUACUUCUUUAGAGGCCUAAACGAGGAUUCAAUGCCCUCUCAGUCUGACCUUCUCAGAUGCCCAUUUUUGAGGAACAUUAAUGAGCCGACUAAUUUUUCUUUCUCAUCAUCCUUGGCCUUUCCCAUGCCUGUGCGAGCUGCCAAAGGACCAAUUUUUGAAGAUGGACCUAAUUUCGACAUGGCAUUCAGGCUUUUCCAUGGGCGUGAUGGAGUUGUCCCACUCUCUGAAAGAUCAUUAAAGCAUGCUGAGAAAGUAGAGCCUGUGCCUGCCCCACCCCAGUUCAAUCCUUUAGCGGCAAGAGCAGCCACCAUAAGUCUCUCAUCCUUUGGACCUGGAGGCCCCUUUGGCUUUGAUUUAUUUGCAGGAAAGUGGAAGGAUCUAAAUAAAAAAUCAGAAUCAUCCAAGAAAGAGACUUCUUCACAGGGAGGAAAUUCGAAGCACGAAUCUAUGAGCAAUGAGUGGCUACAAAAUGGUAAUUGUCCAAUUGCAAAGUCAUAUCGAGCAGUUAGUGGUGUGCUGCCACUUGUUGCAAAGGUUUUUCAGCCUCCACCAGGUAUGAAGCUGAGAUGCCCACCAGCAAUAGUUGCAGCCAGAGCAGCAUUAGCACGAACUGCUUUUGCAAAGAAUCUUCGCCCUCAACCAUUGCCGGCAAAAGUACUCGUGAUUGGGGUGCUGGGGAUGGCUGCAAAUAUUCCUCUAGGGAUAUGGAGGGAACACACCAAAAAAUUUUCACCAUCCUGGUUUGCAGCUGUCCAUGCAGCUGUUCCAUUCAUAGGAAUGCUUAGGAAGUCAGUGUUGAUGCCAAAGACCGCAAUGGCUUUCACCAUAGCAGCAUCUAUUCUAGGACAGGUGAUUGGAUCUAGGGCAGAGCGAUACCGUCUGAAGGCAGUCACUGCAAAAAAGUUGGCUAUUGAGGAAAACCUAGCUGGCAUGGCAAGUAAUUUGGAGGUCAUUGCAGUUAAAGGUGGAUCCUGCAGCAAACAAGUGCAGUGGGACCCUCUUUCUCUUCAAGUGGCUGGGUCGUCUUCAUCAGCGGACGUGUUUUGCUGAGUUUUCUACCAUUCUCAUCAUCUCUGAUGAUCCCUACAAAGGUAUAAUUCAUCAUUUGUUCGACAGAGUUGUUUUGUUUCAUAUGCCAUAUGUGUCCCUUGUAUCGAUUGAGGGAAUAAAAGAGAUACAGAUAGAGAAUGGUGUAUGUUUUAUUUAUGUAAUGAGUUGUUAUUUGUGAAUGAAGUCUCUUCUAAGUUUGCCUUACUGUAAUUUUUAAGGAAUAAAUGGGUUGGAAAUUGUGAAAGUUUCAUAAAUGGAAAAUCAAGUGGUUAGAAGGAAAGUAGGAGCAACUACUUGAUUUCCAUGUAUUGUACUCAACAAAGACGGCUUGGCUUUUGGCAUGUAGUAGCAGUAGUUGUUGAAAGAGUCCCAAAGUGCUUUUCUUCCUUUUUUUGGGAAUCUGUCUCUGGAGCUGGUCAAACCUAAUGCAUGCUGGAUACCAAAUUAAUAAAUGUUUGGUACAACUGUGUUUCUCUAUAAA